ACUGCUGAAUAGGUUUGUUUUGUGAUGUAAACAUGGACCCAGCCAGAAAUGGAGAAGUGGCUGAAAGAGGAAGAAGAGUGGCUGGGAGGGGGCGAGGAAUACGUAUGCGCGGUGGAAGAAGAAUAAGAGGAAGAUCAAGAGCUGUAGUCGCAGAUGAGAUCAGAGCUACUGUAAUUGAUCAUGUAGUAAAUCAUGGUCACUCAAUGAGAGAGGCUGGUCAGAGAGUGCAGCCAAAUCUGCAACGCUCUACAGUGGCCUCUAUUGUUAGAGUUUUCCGGCAAACCAACAGGACUCAAUGGUUACCUCACACAGGAGGGAGAGGACGGAUGUUCACUGAUGUGCAGGAAACUGCCAUUGUUGAUAUGGUCAUCAGAAACAAUGGGAUAAAACUCACUGAAAUUAGACACAGAGUCUUGGCAGACAACGUUACUUUCGCAAAUAUUCACAGUGUAAGCAUAACAACAAUUUCUAGAGUCCUGAAAAAACAUCAGGUCAGGAUGAAACAGUUGUACACUGUGCCUUUUGAGAGGAACUCUGAACAUGUCAAGCAACUCAGGAACCAGUAUGUCCAGAGAGUCAUGGAGAUUGAAGGCAGGCAAACACACCACAUUUUCAUCUUUGUGGAUGAGGCAGGUUUCAACUUGGCCAAAGCACGGCGACGAGGGAGGAAUGUGAUUGGGAAGAGAGCCACAGUGAAUGUCCCGGGCCAGAGGGGUGCCAACAUCACAAUGUGCGCAGCAAUAUCCACUGAUGGACUGCUGUUACACAGACCACUAAUUGGGCCAUACAACACUGAACGGCUCCUUGCGUUCCUGCAUGAUCUCUAUGGAAGGGUUGUGCUAGGUGAGGAAAGGGAUGCGGAGAGAAGGAAUCAGCCAACAUUUAUAAUUGUAUGGGACAAUGUGGCAUUUCAUCACUCCCGUGCAGUCACCGAGUGGUUUGCAGCCCAUCCCAGAAUGGAGUCUCUUUUCCUCCCACCUUACUCUCCAUUCCUCAACCCCAUAGAGGAAUUCUUUUCCUCAUGGCGGUGGAAGGUUUACGACCAUCAUCCACAUGAUCAAAUGUCCCUCCUGGAUGCAAUGAAUGCUGGAUGCCUGGAGAUAUCAGCAGAAGAUUGCCAGGGAUGGAUCAGGCAUGCCAGAAGAUUCUUUCCUAGGUGUAUUGCCCUAGAUGACAUAAGAUGUGAUGUGGAUGAGAACCUGUGGCCAAAUGGAGAAGACCGAGUAGAUUAGCAUUACUAUUGUAUGUGUAUCAGUGGAUGGUGUGUAUACAAAUUCUUGUAUUUUGGGAUUACUUAGUGCAAAAAAAUAAGAAUACAUAAACAAAUAUUAACGAAUUCUGCAUGAUGUCUGAUUCAUUCCAGUAACAUAUAUUGAAAUUAUGAACAGAGAUGUGUCCUUGUUUUACACAAGAAAACACUGUGUAAUGCUACAUGUUGUUAGUGUUUUUUAGGUCAUUGUUUUGUGGGUGACAAAGUGUGUUUGUCGGCUGUCAACCUUUGCUAGUGUUCUGGAAGAA